AGAAGGCAUCGUCGGCCAUUCGACAAAAUCGCAACAGGCCAAGUCAAGCCAGCAUGGGCAUCAACAAUCCAAUCCCGCUCUCCAUGUCCAGCGAGUGCAAGAAGGUGGGCAAGAUCCUCGCCUCCUUCGUCGAUCCGAAACAGACCUAUGGUCCCAAUGCCGUGAUCCCGCCAAGCGUACUACAGAACGCGAAAGGCCUGGCCGUGAUCACCGUCAUCAAAGCCGGCUUCCUCUUCUCGGGCCGCGUCGGCUCCGGCCUCGUCGUCGCCCGCCUCCCAGACGGCUCCUGGUCCGCCCCCUCCGCCAUCGCAACAGCAGGAAUGGGCUUUGGCGGCCAAGUCGGCGCCGAAAUCACCGAUUUUGUGUUCAUUCUUAAUAACCGCGCAGCUGUGGACUCGUUCUCGCAGUUGGGUAGUAUCACUCUAGGUGGAAACAUCAGUGUCGCCGCGGGUCCGGUGGGACGCAGCGCAGAAGCCGCCGGCUCCGCGAAUUUUAAAGCCGUCGCCGCGAUUUUCUCAUAUUCCAAAACCAAGGGACUCUUCGCCGGAGUCUCAUUAGAGGGCUCAGUCCUCAUCGAACGAAGAGACGCAAACAAAAAGUUUUACGGCGGCCAUGUAACCGCCAAACGCCUCCUAAACGGCACCGUCCCUCCCCCCGAAUCCGCGACAUCUCUUUAUCGCGUCCUUAACUCUCGAGCCUUCUCAGGUGGAUAUGCAGCGGGGACGGAUGGGGAUAUGUACAACGACAUCCCAAUCUACGACGAAGAAGAUGACGAGAUCUGGGGCGCGGGUGUGAGAGGUGAAGGAUAUGGUGAGGGACGACCAUCACCGCGGUCGAGGGCGGGGAGUGCCGCGAGUUUUGGUGGGCGGGGGAGCGGUUAUCGGGGGAGGGCUGAUGAUGAUGAUUUGUAUGGACCCAGUAGCCCGACGAGCGCGGGACGGUUUAAGAGUUCUUACUCUGACGCACCAUCCCGCUCGGCAAGUGGUCCCGCACCCGGCCGCCCAACAUCCUCCAAACCCAACUUCUCAACCCCACCCGCCCCAUCACCGGUACCCUCCUACGCCCCAGCCCCAGCACCCGAAGCUUUCGAACCAGUAUCGGACUACGAACAAGCAGUUGCACUAUUUUCGUUUGAGGGCGAACAAAGCGGUGAUUUGUCGUUUACGAAGGGAGACGUUAUCGAGAUUGUCAAGAGGACUGGGACGACGGAUGAUUGGUGGACGGGGAGGAAGGCUGGGAGGGAGGGGAUUUUUCCGGCGAAUUAUGUUAGGAUGCUCUAAACGCGGGUUGUGAAUUUGGGGUGAUGGUAGGUGAUUGGGGAGGGUUGAAAAUGGGGAGGAAGGGGAUGGAACCGGGAAGGAUGAUGAACGAUGGUUUCGUUAGACUGCGGUGAGGU